UGACUUGAUCAAAAAGGCUUCAUUUACACGUGGUUUGAAACAUAACAGACGAUCAGUAUCAGAUGAAAAUGCCGGUGACUUUAGCAGAAAUCCCACCUAUGUUAAUUGGAGGGAAUAUUUUGAGUGCUAUAUCGUUAAUUCUUCAUAUUAUUGGAUUUUCAACUACAUACUGGUUUAGAUUUGAAACUGUUCACAUUGGGCUAUGGAAAUAUUGUGCAGAAGAUAAACAUUUUAUAAAAGGAGCGGAGUAUUGCCUUGACCUUAUAGAUGUACCCGGAUAUUCCAACCAACUCAUAGCCGCGCAAGUUCUGGAAUGUCUUGCAUUGGUAGCCUUUGUUGCAGCUGUGACAUGUGUAUUCCUGAAGAUAUUUGUACUCAAGGAGCAAGUAAUGCUACUUGUUGUUACAGGUUUACUUAACUGGUUGGCAGGAGGACUUUCCUUGGUAGGAGUAAUUGUCUACGCGACAAUGUCAUUCGGUGGAUCUAAGUUGGGUUAUUCUCACUUUCACUACUCCUUUGGAUUAUGUAUUGUUGGUGGAAUCGGAGCGGUGUUCUCUGGUAUUGUAUUCUUCCUAGCAUGGAGAUGGGUCAGAAACUAACGAAAACAGCCGACGGGUAGAAUUAGUUGUACAAACGUUCUUUUUGUGGAAUUAGUAAAAACCUGAUAACUUGAAACCUUUUUAACUGAUUUUUAAAACAUUUAAGAAAGUGUAUUAAGUAAUUCCAGACUUUUCAUUUACAAUGUAAUGUUUAUAUUAUCCAUUAAUAUGGAAAAGAAUCUUCAGUUU